AUGGAGGCAUGGGUCGGAGUAAAAUGUAGCUUCAACAACAAGCUCUUCCGGAGAUACAGAGAUAAAUCACAUCACACACCCUCCAUCCAUCCAGUUGAGUGUGCUAGCUGCGAUUGCUGUGGAUUCACAGAGGAGUGCACGCAGGCCUACAUUCACAGCAUUCGACAACGAUACAAGGGAAUAUGGAUAUGCGGACUGUGUGCAGAAGUGGUCAAAUACGAGAUGAGGAUGAGGAACGAGCUGCAGGAAGAUGAGGCGCUGCUUCUACACACGAGUUUCUGCAACAAGUUCAAGUCAUCAUCCCCGCCUUCCAAUCCGGCUGUGCAUUUAAUAUCCGCAAUGAGGAGUAUCUUAAGGCGGAGCCUGGAUUCACCCACAUCCCUGCCUAAUUCUCCUACUAGACGUGGAAGAGGAAUCAGACGGUCAGGCAGCCAUGUUCCUACUGUUUCUCCGAUUCAUCUUGAUCAAUCACCCUCUCGUACUAGCACCCAAGAUUUUCAUUUCAAUUUUUGAAGUGUUAAAGUAAACUUGAUUGUUCAAGACAAAACGAUAAGGCCAAGGCCACUCCCUUGGAUGAUUUGGAUAAAAUCUUAUUCAUCAGUGAUUCUUGCA